GAUGCGACGAUUUAUUUCUGUGUUUUGCAUCAGCGUCUCAUGCCUUGCCUGUCACAUGCCGAUAUUCAGUUACGAAGAUGCCUGCAAAAAGCGCCCGCAGUUUCUCCUAAUGCAUUUUGUUCAGACUCCUAUGCCGCAAUUCAUAUCGCAGAGGUGGAAGGAAUAGUAGCGGAAUCUCUGCACCAAAAUGAGGCAAGACCUCCCCCUCUCGCUCCCUCUCUCUCGCCAUAGCCUAACAUAUAUGAGUGUUAUACCACGUGGCGCUAACAGCCUUUACUGUAAAUCAUACUGUAGGUUAUGUGGCAUUGGCUCCAAACCUGAGGAGAGGAUUUGCUUGCGAUUGCUGCAUUAAUGGCACACACAACUAUGACAAGAGUUGUUUCAUUGAUUGAAAAGCAUUUUGAGGACUACAUUUUUCUCACGGAGGGUGGAUGGAUGCAUCACAGCGGGUGUGCACGCAUGAGAAGCUGCAGUGAUCAACAACAAAUCGAAUGUAUAAAUUGGAGAGGCUAGCUGUUGAUUCACAGCUGAAGGCGCACGAACCCAUUGGGCACAGACGUCAAUUCAACGUCUAUUCCAUGUUGGUUCAACGCAAUUGCAUUGAAUUGGCAUUGAAUUGACGUGGAAACAACGUUGAUUAAACCAGUGUGUGUCAGUGGGAGGUUUGUCUGCUCGGAACAUCCAGUAUCUUUUUCUCCAGCUGUGACAAUAAAACUAUAAUGACUUUGUUACGCACUUUAAGGAUAUAAUGGAUUAUUUGGUUUGCAUAAAAACAAUACUGCUUAGAUUUCAUUGGAUAAUAUUCAUUAUUUGGUGAGUGGUGAAUAUAGAAUUUUCUUCUGGGACGUUUUGCCAUCACUAAACCGCCAAACUGGCUAUGGCCGCUGCGAUCGCCAGCUCCCUCAUUCGGCAAAAGAGGGAGCGGGAGCGGGAGAAGGCGAAUGCCUGCCGCUGCGCAAGCAGUCCGAAUAUUUGCAAAGCAGGGGACAGGGGACCCUGUGAGAAACCGAGCAAGCUGAACGUGUUCUCACGCGUCAAACUCUUUGGCUCUAAGAAACGGAAGAGAAUAAGUCGACCAGAGCCCCAGCUCAAGGGGAUAGUGACGAGGCUGUUCAGCCGCACAGGCUUCUGCCUUCAGAUGCAGGCUGAUGGAACCAUCGAUGGAACGAAGGACGAGGACAACAGCUAUGCUGUGUUCAACCUCAUUCCUGUUGGGCUGCGAGUGGUGGCCAUCCAGGGGGUUCAGACCAAGCUUUACCUAGCCAUGAACAACGACGGCUUCCUCUACACUUCAGAACACUUCACCCCGGAGUGUAAGUUCAAGGAGUCAGUGUUUGAGAACUACUACGUGACCUACUCCUCCAUGCUCUACAGACAGCAGCAGUCUGGCAGGGCCUGGUACCUUGGCCUCAAUAAAGAGGGAGUCAUCAUGAAAGGGAACCAUGUGAAGAAGAAUAAACCAUCAGGCCACUUCAUCCCCAAGCCACUGAAAGUUGCCAUGUACAGGGAACCCUCUCUCCAUGAUCUGACCGAGUUCUCCCACUCCGGCAGCGGUACUCCCACCAAGAGCCGUAGUGCAUCAGCCCUGCUGAAUGGAGGAAGGAAGACACUGAGCCAGAACGAGCAGUCCACAUAGCUGUGGUGGUCAGCGUCAGGCAGAGGGCGGUUCUCACUGUAAGCAGACUCAACUGAUCCUCAUCAAACUGAACAGGUGGAGAGGAAGCAAAUUAGCUUAGCUUAGUGUGUACUGAAACCACUGUGACAGACUAUGACAUCAUCAAUUCAAUAAAUCCAUGAGCGAGCUUCUGCGGGUCAACUUUGCUAUGAACUUCGAUACGAAAAGCCAUUUUGCUGGUCUGGAAUUUAUAUUCUUCCUUGUAUUCUUGAGCAUAUGUAGUGUAUUACCAAUGUAUAUCUCUCUGAAGGUCUUGAGAGGGAGAGUUACUGGUCAGUAUUUAUGUGGUCCAUCAACUGUUGCUUUCAUGCCUCCUAAAAAAAGCUUUUUUGUGUGUUUGAGUCCAAGGUGUACAUAUCUGCAAGCCUUCUGCCUCGUCUACCAUAUAAAUUGCUUGCCAGCUAUACUGAUUGCGAUCAUUUGUUCCUGUGUACCAAAGAGUCAGCGUGUUUCUCUAGUUUUACUCAAGGCAAAGAAAGAAAGGAAGAAAGAAAGAAAUCGAAUCACAAGCAUAGGCCAAUUCCUAAAUCUGUCUUACCUACUACUAAAACGACACACUGUGUAGUGUGUACCAAUCGUACUACAAACUGUGUAGUGUGUACUAAUCGUACUACAUACUAUUUAGAACGUACUGUUUAGUAAACAUUUAUGCAGUAAGCAACAAAUAUCAACAUACUAGGCUCCCAUACUGAGAAUGCAUCAUCUAAUGCACAAUUGCGUUGUUUUCCGACAUUCAUUCAUUCUUUUUGGUACAACCCAUCCCCCCCUUUUCUGAUUAUCAGCUGAUAUGUUGUCAAACACACGUGGGUCUAAAAAGACUCAUCUCUUCCUCAAUAGCAUGACAUCCUGGCAUUUAAAGCAUUUUCAAAAUGUGUCAUACUAUGAAAGGUUCUAUUUUGGCAUACCCAUCAGUCUACGAGUUACAACACAAGGAGACGAGGGGUAAUCAGACACGGACAAUGUGUGGUCUACAGCAACUUGUUUUAAUAAUACAAUAGAGAAGCAGAGUAGUUGUUUAAAAACUUAUGCCAACCCUUUUACAGUAUUGUGUCAUUAGUAGUCUCCUUUGACAAACUAUAAACAACAUUUCAUAUGGUAUUUAGAUGUAUUCAGUCAUUUGUUUGUGUGUGUGUGUGUGUGUGUGUGUGUGAAAGGAUAUUAACAUAAUCCUUGAUUUUUUUUUCACCAUCAAAUGGGGAUUAUUAGUGAAAUUGAGGGCUCUUACAGAUUAAAUGAUUGUUUGUAUUCUCCUGCAUUGUUUUUUCCCCCUGGAACCGAAUAGAUGCUUAUGUCUAUCAUUUUGAUUGAUUGAUUGUUUGAUUGACACUAUUAUUGCAUGGAAGACUGUGGACCUCUGGGAAAUAGCAGCAUGAUGUACUGUAGGUCUACUAUGCUUAUUAUCUACCUGUUUUGGACGCUGUGCUCCAGUCUAUACCAGACUACAAGUGAAUGAUCCACAGAGCACAGAUACACUUUUAAUCUGGUACCUUCUUGCAGUAGGUUAUUUGUUGUUCUAACGAAAAUGCACUGAAUAAAAUGUUUAUAAGGAAAUA